CAACCAAACGUAAAAAUGGAGCCGUUCCAUCCGGAAAAUGAGGACCUCACUCUCCAACCUAAAUAAACCCUGACGCUACCGGCCAUGGCCGCCGGCUCGCUCCUGUCCCCCGCGUGCUCCUUGCUCCGCCGCCUCCCCGCCGCGCCGCACCUCUCCCGCUCCGCGCGCUUCAAGAGGUUCGACCGGGUUCGCCGGUUCUCGACUGCCGCCAUGUCGACGCCGUCGGGGCCGAAGGAGGCGCCGGGUAAUAACCCCGGUCUCCACACCGAGAUCGACCCCGCCACCAAGGGCUACUUCCUGCAGCAGACGAUGUUACGUGUGAAGGACCCAAAAGUGAGCCUUGACUUCUACUCCCGUGUGAUGGGCAUGUCGUUGCUGAAAAGAUUAGAUUUUGAAGAGUUGAAGUUCAGCUUGUAUUUUCUCGGUUAUGAGGAUGUGGCUUCAGCCCCUGCUGAUCAUAUCAAGCGGACUGAAUGGACUUUCAGGCAAAAAGCUACCCUCGAACUCACCCACAACUGGGGCACAGAAAGUGACCCUGAAUUCAAAGGUUACCAUAAUGGGAAUUCAGACCCUCGUGGUUUUGGUCAUAUAGGAGUAACUGUGGAUGAUGUCUACAAGGCAUGCGAGCGCUUUGAACAUCUUGGUGUUGACUUUGUGAAGAAACCUGAUGACGGGAAAAUCAAAGGUAUUGCAUUCAUCAAAGAUCCUGAUGGCUACUGGAUUGAGAUUUUUGACCACACCAUCGGGACAGUGACUGCUUCGGCAUCAUGAGGUGUUGUGGUUCAGAUAUUCUGGAGGCUUUGUGUUCAGGUUUAGAAUGUUAUAAUAUAAUGCCAGUUUUUAUGGAAUUAUAGUUCAUUAAUUGUAUUGUCACAAGAUGAUACCAUUGUGGGAAUCUCAGUAGCACAGCAGCGGGCUUUACCCUUGAGGAAUAAGACUAUAUUGUCUCCUUUUGGUGAUUAGUGUUUGGACUCUGAUUAAGGGCUGGCAUAUCCUGACUCCUUGAAUCUUGUUGCAAUAAAAAUCUGUGAAUUAUGUUGAGGAGUGAAUUGUGGCAUUGAAAGUAAAA